AUGGAAGUGUCUGUAGUAGAAGCAGUGCCAGAGAAAGGAAGAAAGCGCAAAAGACAGCCGGAGAAUUGGAAGGCGAAGAAAGCAAAAAUUAAGGGGUACUCGCCGAAAUGUUUGCCAGAAAACAUAACCUGCAAUCAUAACACCAAAUCAUUUGCAUGUAAACAAUUGAAAAUGCUAGAUCUUGUGCAUUUUCACAGAUCGUUUUACUCGAAACCCAUCAAACAACAUCAAGAUGCGUUAAUAUUGAAGUGCUGUUCGGUAAAGAAAACAGCCAGAAAGCGGCCUGUAAAAAACACAAGAAAAAGCAGAGCUUUUUCAAUUAAAUAUGCAAUUUACGCUAAAUCACUUAAGAAAGCAAUUCCAGUUUGCCAGAAAGUGUUUCUAAAUACACUUGGGAUAACGAAGUAUCGUGUUCAGUUCGUCAUGCAAAACUUUUUUGAAUCUGGUCAGGUUCCUACAGAGAAAAGAGGCGGUGACCAUGAGAAACAGAAGUAUGCAGCACUAAGACAAUCAGUUCAUAGGUUUUUAAAGUCUUUGAAUUGCGUAGAAGCACAUUAUUGCAGAGGAUCAUCGCAACAACGCAAAUACCUACCUAGAAACCCCAAAAGCUUGUGUAAAACAGGCAAAAACGCUGGGGCUAUACGGCCAACAAUAAUCCCUAAUGGCAUAGAAGUGAAUCCAUUAAAGUUGCGAGAUGUCAGAAACCUUCUUCAAAAACACUACGGUGACUCUUGGCAAAAUCUUCCACAUUUAGGAUAUUUCCACGCCGUGUUGAAUAAUCAAGACGAAGAUGAGCUGCGGCUAUUAGAAGAAAGGGGAAUUGAAGAGGAGAACUAUACUGUAGAAGAUCUUUGCGAAGUUCAAGUAGAGCAAGAUAAUUUAAGACACGUACGGUCUCCAUGUCCAGACUAUUUUGACUAUGUGACUGACGGUUCAGGAACUUAUGGGGUGAUUGUGUUGCAGCCUUUCGGUCCUGUGUCCUCUUUGUUAGUCAGAGGCAAUUUCACGAUUGCCGCAAGACUAGCAUUUACUUAUGCGGGUAGUAUAGAACCGGUAGUCUCGAGUACACACCUCCUCCAGGAUUUUAACAGAGGCGUCCCUCUAAAGUACCGAGUGAAUUUCCCUGUGACCUCCCCACUGCCGAAGAUCACUUCGCUAACCGUGAAUGAUAAUGUUGUUUGUUAUGCAACUGGAGAUCUUCCAGGAGAAGCUCAAUACGUGACAACAAUAAGUCUGCAACACAUGUUGUUCUUUAAGUCAGGAAGUGAUGGAUUAUACAAUGCUCUUCCUCCUCAAACACAACAACCAGAAAUAAUUUACGUACAGGAACCACAACGGCCUCCUAGCAACAUCAACCCAACAUUUGAAGUUAUUGAAACUAACCAAUCUCCUUGGAAUCAAGAUAUUCCGAGAAGAACUACAGAAUCCCCACGAACAACAUCUACCCCAAGAUUAAUUUAUACAAGACCAACUACGCAAAGAACUCGACCAAUUCCAUCUCGCCCAAUAAAUACUUACAGACCAGCACUGAAUCCUAUACAAACCAGUAGUACAAUAAACUCAAUGGAAUGUGGAAUUAAUAGUAGUCCGAUUGUUCCACUAAUUAUACAAGGAUAUAGUUAUGAUAGAGGAGAAUGGCCGUGGUUGGUUGCGAUUUAUAAAAUACAAAAGUUCAGUAGCCUGAGUUAUAUUUGCGCAGGAACAUUAAUAUCUGCAACACACGUGGUUUCAGCGGCCCAUUGCAUGAAACGGAAGAGUUCUUAUACGGCUGCAAAGAAUUUAGUUGUUAAGGCGGGUGUUUACAAUUUAGAAGAUUGGAGUGAUGACAUCACCGUCACUAGAACCUUACAAGCGGCUUCUAUACAUGAGGCAUAUAAUGCGACCACUCUUGCUAAUGACCUAUUGGUGAUGACACUUGAAAAACCUGUUCCCUUUGGUACGUACAUUAAGCCAGCUUGUCUUUGGAGUGGCAACCCAGACCUUAAUCGUAUAGUCGGAACAUCAGGAGUCGUAGCAGGAUGGGGUGCGAAUGAAAUUGGCCCAGGGGGUACAGGCGAGCCCCGUAUGGUGCACAUGCCCAUAGUCAGCACAGCCACAUGUAGAGCGAGCAAACCCGAGUUUCAUAAACUGACCUCAACCAAGACACUUUGUGCAGGAGAUCACAGCGGAUCUGGUCCUUGCUUAGGUGACUCUGGCGGUGGACUUUACAUUUUAGACAAUGGCCGAUGGAGACUUCGAGGGGUGGUUUCCUUAUCCCUGUGGUCAGAUAAUGGUGACUCAACAUGUAAUCUUGAAGAUUACGUUGUCUUCACAGACACCGCCCAAUAUUUGCCAUGGAUUAGGAAAGUUAUGUCUAAUUAAAUUCGUUAAUUAAUUAACAGUAUUUUUAUUAAACUUUUGUAAUAUAUUUAUUUA